CUCCUCUGACCUCCCAACUCGCGCGCGGGCACCUCCCGGCGGCCGAUCGCGGGGCCCCCAACACCGGUGGAGCCCGGGCAGGCGCCCGCAGGCCGGCAGGUACUGAUAUUGUCAAGCUGGCCCAUUAUAUAAAGCUGACAGUCUUAUAAAGAAGAUUUAGGAGAGUCUUUGGAUUACACUGAAAUUUAUAGUCGAGAUGGCCAAGUACGGAGAGCAUGAAGCCAGGCCUGAUGAUGGGCAGAAUGAAUUCAGUGAUAUCAUUAAGUCCAGAUCUGAUGAACACAAUGACGUGCAGAAGAAAACCUUUACCAAAUGGAUAAAUGCUCGAUUUUCAAAGAGUGGAAAACCACCCAUCAAUGAUAUGUUUACAGACCUCAAAGAUGGAAGGAAGUUGCUGGAUCUUCUAGAAGGUCUCAUAGGAGUGUCAUUGCCAAAAGAACGUGGCUCCACAAGAGUGCACGCCUUAAAUAACGUGAACAGAGUGCUCCAGGUUCUGCAUCAGAACAGUGUGGAAUUAGUGAAUAUAGGAGGCACGGACAUCGUGGACGGAAACCAUAAGCUGACUUUGGGCUUACUGUGGAGCAUUAUUUUGCACUGGCAGGUGAAAGAUGUCAUGAAGGACAUCAUGUCAGACCUGCAGCAGACCAACAGCGAGAAAAUCCUGCUGAGCUGGGUGCGGCAGACAACCAGGCCCUAUAGCCAAGUCAACGUCCUCAACUUCACCACCAGCUGGACCGAUGGGCUCGCCUUCAAUGCUGUGCUCCACCAACAUAAACCUGAUCUCUUCAGCUGGGACAGAGUUGUCCAAAUGUCCCCUAUUGAGAGACUUGAACAUGCUUUCAGCCAAGCCCAGAUGUAUUUGGGAAUUGAAAAGCUGUUAGAUCCUGAAGAUAUUGCUGUGCAGCUUCCUGACAAGAAAUCGAUAAUCAUGUAUUUAACGUCAUUGUUUGAGGUGCUACCUCAGCAAAUCAGCAUAGAUGCCAUCCGUGAGGUUGAGACUCUCCCAAGGAAGUACAAGAGAGAGUGUGAGGAGGAAGACAUUCAUAUACAGGACACACCGCUGGUGGGGGAGCACUCCACCAGUCCCCUAGCCGAGACCCCCCGCACGGUCACUGAGGUGGACACGGAUCUGGACAGCUAUCAGAUAGCCCUGGAAGAAGUGCUCACCUGGCUGUUGUCUGCUGAGGACACUUUCCAGGAGCAGGAUGACAUUUCCGACGAUGUAGAAGAGGUCAAAGACCAGUUUGCCACCCAUGAAGCUUUUAUGAUGGAGCUGACCGCACACCAGAGCAGCGUGGGCAGCGUCCUGCAGGCUGGAAAUCAGCUGAUCACACAAGGCACUCUGUCGGAUGAAGAAGAGUUUGAGAUUCAGGAACAGAUGACCUUGCUGAAUGCUCGAUGGGAGGCGCUCAGGGUGGAGAGCAUGGAGCGGCAGUCCCGGCUACACGACGUGUUGAUGGAUCUGCAAAAGAAGCAGCUGCAGCAGCUCUCGGCCUGGUUAACCCUCACCGAAGAUCGCAUCCAGAAGAUGGAAAGCCGUCCCCUUGAGGAUGACUUACCAUCCCUGCAAAAGCUGCUUGAAGAGCACAAAAGUUUGCAAAAUGACCUUGAGGCUGAGCAGGUAAAGGUAAAUUCCCUGACUCACAUGGUGGUCAUAGUUGAUGAAAACAGUGGCGAGAGUGCUACGGCUAUUCUGGAAGACCAGCUGCAGAAACUCGGAGAGCGCUGGACAGCUGUGUGCCGUUGGACUGAAGAACGCUGGAACAGGUUACAAGAAAUCAAUAUAUUGUGGCAGGAAUUAUUGGAAGAACAGUGCUUGUUAAAAGCUUGGCUCAUUGAAAAAGAAGAAGCUUUGAAUAAAAUCCAGACGAGCAACUUCAAAGACCAAAAGGAACUCAGUGUCAGUGUUCGGCGUCUGGCUAUUUUGAAGGAAGACAUGGAAAUGAAGCGCCAGACAUUGGAUCAGCUGAGCGAGAUCGGCCAGGAUGUGGGUCAAUUACUUGCAAAUCCCACAGCAUCUAAGAAGAUGAACAGCGACUCGGAAGAACUGACUCAGAGAUGGGAUUCUUUGGUCCAGAGACUAGAAGAUUCCUCCAACCAGGUGACUCAGGCUGUGGCCAGGCUGGGGAUGGCACAGAUUCCUCAGAAGGAUCUUCUGGAGACCGUUCGCCUAAGAGAACAAGUCACCACGAAAAAGUCUAAGCAGGAGCUGCCCCCACCUCCUCCCCCAAAGAAGAGACAGAUCCACGUGGAUGUGGAGGCUAAGAAAAAGUUUGAUACAGUGAGUGCAGAGCUGUUGAACUGGAUUUUGAAAUUCAAGACUGCCAUUCAGACCACAGAGAUAAAAGAGUAUAAGAAGAUGCAAGACACUUCAGAAUUGAAAAAGAAGUUGAAGGGACUAGAAAAGGAGCAGACAGAAAGAAGCCCCCGCCUGGAUGAGCUAGACCAAACUGGACAAAUUCUUCUGGAGCAAAUGGGCAAAGAAGGCCUUUCUACUGAAGAGAUAAAAAGCAUCCUGGAGAAGGUUUCCUCAGGGUGGAAGCACACGUCUCAGCGUCUGGAUGAUCUUGCUAGGAAGAUUCGCCUUCAGGAGGAUAUCAACACUUACUUCCAGCAGCUCGACGAGCUUGAGAAGGUCCUCAAGAUGAAGGAGGAGUGGUUACAGCUCACUUUCUCUUCUGCAUCUCCCCACCAGUCCUUGCCACUUUUGAAGGAUUCCUACCAGAGGGAAUUGACAGACCUCCUUAGCCUCCACCCCAAGAUGGAAACAGCACGUGCAAGCUGCUCAGCUCUGAUGUCUCAGCCUUCUGUCCCGGAUUUUGUCCAGCAGGCCUUCGAUGGCUUCUUAAGGCACUACCAAGCUGUGCAGAAGGAGAUGGAGGAUUGUCACCAGCAGCUAGAGCGUGACCUGAAGAGCCAACCUGGACAUGCGUAUUUGGAAACAUUGGAAACGCUGAAGGACAUGCUGGAUGACUUAGAAAACAAAGCCCAGACACCGCUGACUGACCUUAAUGAUCUUACAAAGCUGGAGGAGGCCCUCCAAGGAAAAAAGGCCCUUGAUGAAAUCCUUGAGAAUCAGAAACCUAUGUUACAUAAACUUACAGAAGACACAAAGGCAUUAGAGAAAAAUGUGCUUCCUGAUGUAGAAAAGACAUAUAAGAAAGAACUCAACGAUGCCCGAGGAAAAUGGAACAAACUCAAGACCAAGGUUUCCAAAGAUCUACAUUUGCUUGAAGAAACUGCCUCGAAACUCAGAGCUUUUGAGGCUGAUUCAGAAGUCAUCCAGAAGUGGACAGAAGGAGUGAAAGACUUCUUAAUGAAAGAGCAGGCUGCCCAAGGGGAUGUGGCCGGUCUCCAGCGGGAGCUUGGCCAGUGUGCUGCCUUUGCCAAUGAAAUAGAAACAAUUGAAUUGUCUCUGAAAAACAUGAAAGAAAUAGAGACUAACCUUCGAAGCUGUCCAAUUUCUGGAAUCAAAACUUGGGUGCAGACAAGACUAGUUGACUGCCAAACCCAACUGGAGAAAUUUAGCAAGGAGAUUGCUGUUCAGAAGAACAGGUUGAGUGAAAGUCAGGAAAAAGCAGUGAACCUGAAGAAAGACUUGGCGGAGAUGCAGGAGUGGAUGAGCCAGGCGGAGGAGGAAUAUCUGGAGCGGGACUUUGAGUACAAGUCGCCGGAAGAGCUGGAGGGUGCUGUGGAUGAAAUGAAGAGAGCAAAAGAGGACGUGUUGCAGAAGGAGGUGAGAGUGAAAAUUCUCAAGGACAAUAUCAAGUUAUUAGCUGCCAAGGUGCCCUCUGGUGGCCAGGAGCUGACAUCUGAGCUGAACGUAGUGCUGGAGAAUUACCAGCUUCUUUGUAAUAGAAUUCGAGGAAAAUGCCACACACUGGAGGAAGUCUGGUCUUGCUGGAUCGAGCUGCUUCACUAUUUGGAUCUUGAGACCACGUGGUUGAACGCUUUGGAAGAGCGCGUGCGCAGCACAGAGGACCUGCCCGAGAGGACAGAUGCAGUCAGCGAAGCCCUGGAGUCUCUGGAAUCAGUUUUACGCCACCCAGCAGAUAAUCGCACCCAGAUUCGGGAACUUGGGCAGACUCUGAUCGAUGGUGGAAUCCUGGAUGACAUAAUCAGUGAGAAACUGGAGGCUUUUAACAGCCGCUACGAAGAGCUAAGCCACCUGGCGGAGAGCAAGCAGAUUUCUUUGGAAAAGCAACUGCAGGUCCUGCGAGAAACUGACCACAUGUUUCAGGUGCUGCAGGAGAGCCUGGGGGAGCUGGAUAAACAGCUAACCAACUACUUGACGGACAGGGUUGAUGCCUUCCAGGUUCCGCAAGAAGCUCAGAAAAUCCAAGCAGAGAUCUCUGCCCAUGAGCUCACUCUAGAGGAGCUGAGAAGGAAUCUGCGUUCCCAGCCCCCUGUGUUCCCGGAGGGAAGGACCAGCAGAGGGGGCAGCCAGAUGGAGCAGCUGCAGAGGAAACUUCGAGAAGUGUCCACGAAAUUUCAGCUCUUCCAGAAGCCUGCAAAUUUUGAACAGCGCAUGCUGGACUGUCAGCGUGUACUGGCUGGUGUGAAAUCUGAGCUCCACAUCCUUGAGGUGAAGGACGUGGACCCCGAGGUCAUCCAGACACACCUGGACAAGUGUAUGAAACUGUAUAAAACUUUGAGUGAGGUCAAGCUGGAAGUGGAGACAGUCAUCAAAACCGGAAGACACAUUGUGCAGAAGCAGCAGACAGACAACCCCAAGGGGAUGGAUGAGCAGCUGACCUCUCUGAAGGUCCUCUACAAUGACCUGGGCGCACAGGUGACAGAAGGAAAGCAAGGACUGGAAAGGGCUUCUCAGCUGGCCAGGAAGGUGAAAAAAGAGGCCGCCUGCCUCUCCGAGUGGCUAUCUGCUACCGAGGCAGAGUUGGUGCAGAAGUCCACUUCCGAGGGUGCGCUGGGUGACGUGGACGCAGAAAUCUCCUGGGCUAAAAAUGUCCUGAAGGAUCUGGAAAAGAGAAAAGCUGACUUAAACACCAUCACUGAGAAUAGCGCUACCCUCCAGAACUUGAUCCCUGGCAGUGAACCUGUGUUAGAGGAAAAGCUCUGCGUCCUUAAUGCUGGGUGGAGCCGAGUCCGUACCUGGACCGAGGAUUGGUGUAGUACCUUGCUGAACCACCAGCGCCAGCUGGAAGUGUUCGAUGGGAAUGUUGCUCACAUAAGUACCUGGCUUUAUCAAGCCGAAGCUCUGCUGGAUGAGAUUGAAAAAAAGCCAGCCAGUAAACGGGAAGAAAUCGUGAAGCGUUUAAUUUCUGAGCUGGAUGAUGCCAGCCUCCAGGUAGGAAAUGUUCGUGACCAGGCUAUGGCUCUGAUGAAUGUGCGGGGGAGUGCUGGCAGAGAGCUGGUGGAACCAAAGUUAGCUGAGCUGAACAGAAACUUUGAAAAGGUGUCGCAACACAUCCGAAGUGCGAGAUUGCUAAUUGGUCAGGAGCCAGUAUCAUACCAAGGCCUGGUCACUACAGAAACAUUGGAUGCAAGUGUAUCUGUCUCAGACAUGGAAAAAUUAGAAAAUGACAUUGAAAAUAUGUUGAAAGUUGUGGAAAAACAGUUGGAAUCCAGAGAUGGCAAUGAAAAGGUGGAGGAGGAGGGAGCCCAGAUUGAGGAAGUUCUACAGAGGGGCGAACACAUAUUACAUCAGCCCAUGGAGGAUAAUGAGAAAGAAAAGAUUCGUUUGCAGUUGCUACUUUUGCAUACAAGAUACAACAAAAUUAAGGCAACUCAUGCUCAACAGAGGAAAACAAGUCAACCUGCUUCUGGAAUUAAAUCAUCAUCUCUUCCUACUGAUUAUCUGGCUGAAGUUAACAAAGUCUUGCAUACAGUUGACGAUGUUGAAUUGCUGCUGAGAGUUCCAGAGCUGAACAUGGCUGUGUGUGAGGACUACUCUCUUCAGGAAGACUGUCUGAAGAAUAUCAAAGAUCGGUUGGACAAACUUGGAGAGCAGAUUGCAGUCAUUCAUGAAAAGCAGCCUGAUGUGAUUCUAGAAGCCUCUGGACCCGAAGCCAUCCAGAUCAGGGAUUUGCUCUCACAGCUGAAUGCAAAAUGGGACAAAGUCAAUAGAAUGUACAAUGAUCGUAGAAGCUAUUUUGACAGGGCCAUAGACGACUGGAAACGGUUCCAUUGCCACAUCUCUGACCUCACGGUCUGGAUACGGGAGGCUGAGGAGUUACUGGCUGAGACUUACGCUCCGGAUGGCAGCCUGGACCUGGAGAAAGCCCGGGUGCAUCAGCAGGACCUGGAGGAGGGCAUCAGCAGCCACCAGCACAGCCUGGCAGCCAUAAACCGCAUCUGGGACAGCUUUGUGCAGACAUCCUCCCCUGGGAAGGGAAGCUUCCUGCAGGACAAGGUGGCGACCGUGAACCGCUGUUGGAACUCCAUCCUUGCAGAAGUGAAGGGCCGGCAGCCAAGGCUGAAAAAAGAAAGUCAGCAGGUGAUGGAAUACAGGAUGAAGAUGGACGAGAUGAUUUGCUGGGUAAACAAGGCUGACAAUACCAUGCAAAAGAAGUCAGCCACUGAGGCAGAAGCAAACUUGGCAGAAUUAGCAGAAUUAACCCAAGAGUUGGAAGCACAAGCAGAAAAGCUCAAAUGGCUGAACAGAGCAGAAUUGGAGAUGCUCUCAGAUCAAAGUCUGAGUUUACAUGAAAGAGAGAAACUUUCAGAAAGCCUAAGAACCAUAAACACCACGUGGAACAAGAUGUGCAGAGAAGUUCCUGGCCUUCGGAAGCCUCCCCUCCCGGAGCCCUGCUCUGUCUCUCAGACAAGGAUUGCUGUUCAUUCUAAUGUCCAAAAGGUGGCGCUAGUAUCAUCCGCUUCAGACAUCCCUGUGCAGUCUUAUCGAGCCCCGGACAUCUCGGUUCCUGCUGAUCUGGAUAAAACCAUCACAGAACUAGCAGACUGGCUGGUAUUGAUUGACCAGAUGCUGAAGUCCAACAUUGUCACUGUUGGGGAUGUGGAGGAGAUUAAUAAGACAGUUUCCCGGAUGAAAAUCACAAAGGCUGACUUAGAACAGCGCCAUCCUCAGCUCGAUUAUGUCUUCACAUUGGCACAGAAUUUGAAAAACAAAGCUUCUAGUUCAGAUCUGAGAACUGCCAUCACAGAAAAAUUGGAGACAGUGCAGAGCCAGUGGGACAGCACGCAGCACGGGGUGGAGCUGCGGCGGCGGCAGCUGGAGGACAUGGCCGUGGACAGCCUUCGGUGGGACGACCACAGGGAAGAGACGGAGGAGCUGCUGAGAAGAUACGAGGCGCGGCUCUACAUGCUCCAGCAGGCCCGCAGGGAGCCGCUCACCAAGCAGCUUGCUGACAGUCAACUGUUGCUUCAAGAGCUGGGUCCCGGGGAUGGCAUUGUCAUGGCGUUUGAUAAUGUACUGCAGAAGCUGCUAGAAGAAUAUGGAAGCGAUGACACAAGGAAUGUGAAAGAAACCACCGAGUACUUGAAAACAUCGUGGAUCAAUCUAAAACAAAGCAUUGCGGACAGACAGAGCGCCUUGGAGGCUGAGCUGAAGACAGUGCAGUCCUCUCGCCGAGACCUAGAGAACUUCCUGAAAUGGCUUCAAGAAGCAGAAACCACAGCGAAUGUGCUUGCGGACGCCUCUCAGCGGGAGAACGCUCUUCAGGACAGCAUCCUGGCCAGCGAGCUCAAACAGCAGCUGCAGGACAUCCAGGCAGAAAUUGAUGCCCAUAAUGACAUAUUUAAAAGCAUUGAUGGAAACAGACAGAAGAUGGUAAAAGCCCUGGGGAAUUCUGAAGAGGCUACUAUGCUUCAACAUCGACUGGACGACAUGAACCAAAGAUGGAAUGACUUGAAAGCAAAAUCGGCUAGCAUCAGGGCCCAUUUGGAGGCUAGUGCAGAGAAAUGGAACAGGCUCCUGGUGUCGUUAGAAGAACUGAUCAAAUGGCUGAAUAUGAAAGACGAAGAGCUUAAGAAACAGAUGCCUAUUGGAGGGGAUGUUCCAGCCUUACAGCUCCAGUAUGACCAUUGUAAAGCACUGCGACGAGAGUUAAAGGAAAAAGAAUAUUCCAUCCUGAAUGCUGUAGACCAAGCUCGAGUUUUCCUGGCUGAUCAGCCAAUUGAGGCCCCUGAAGAACCGAGAAGGAACAUCCAAGCAAAAGCAGAAUUGACUCCAGAGGAGAGAGCCCAGAGGAUUGCCAAAGCCAUGCGCAAACAAUCUUCUGAAGUGAAAGAGAAAUGGGAGAGUCUAAAUGCUGUCAUCAGUAACUGGCAAAAGCAAGUGGACAAGGCAUUGGAGAAGCUCAGAGACCUGCAGGGAGCGAUGGACGACCUGGACGCAGACAUGAAGGAGGCAGAGGCGGUGCGCAAUGGCUGGAAGCCUGUGGGAGAUUUGCUCAUUGACUCGCUGCAGGAUCACAUUGAAAAGACCAUGGCAUUUAGAGAAGAAAUCGCACCAAUCAACUUAAAAGUGAAAACAAUGAAUGAUUUGUCUAGCCAGCUGUCUCCCCUUGACCUGCAUCCCUCUCUAAAGAUGUCUCGUCAGCUGGAUGACCUUAAUAUUCGAUGGAAACUUCUACAGGUUUCCGUGGAUGAUCGUCUUAAGCAGCUUCAGGAGGCCUAUCAAGAUUUCGGACCAGCUUCUCAGCAUUUUCUCUCCACCUCAGUGCAGCUGCCAUGGCAAAGAUCCAUUUCACAUAACAAAGUGCCCUAUUACAUCAACCAUCAAACCCAGACAACCUGUUGGGAUCAUCCUAAAAUGACUGAACUCUUUCAGUCCCUUGCUGACCUGAAUAAUGUACGUUUCUCUGCUUACCGCACGGCAAUCAAAAUCCGAAGGCUGCAGAAAGCUCUGUGUUUGGAUCUCUUAGAGCUGAAUACAACAAAUGAAGUUUUCAAACAGCACAAGCUGAACCAAAAUGACCAGCUGCUUAGUGUCCCAGAUGUCAUCAACUGUCUGACCACAACUUAUGAUGGACUUGAACAAUUGCAUAAGGAUCUGGUCAACGUUCCACUCUGUGUGGACAUGUGUCUCAACUGGUUGCUCAAUGUAUAUGACACGGGCCGGACUGGAAAAAUUAGAGUGCAGAGUUUGAAGAUUGGAUUGAUGUCUCUCUCCAAAGGUCUCUUAGAAGAAAAAUACAGAUUUCUCUUUAAGGAGGUGGCAGGGCCGACAGAGAUGUGUGACCAGCGCCAGCUUGGCCUGUUACUUCAUGAUGCCAUCCAGAUUCCUCGGCAGCUGGGAGAAGUGGCCGCAUUUGGAGGAAGUAAUAUUGAGCCUAGUGUCCGCAGCUGCUUCCAGCAGAAUAACAACAAGCCAGAAAUCAGCGUGAAAGAGUUUAUAGACUGGAUGCGUUUGGAGCCACAGUCCAUGGUGUGGCUGCCGGUUCUGCAUCGAGUGGCAGCAGCUGAGACUGCAAAACAUCAGGCCAAGUGCAACAUCUGCAAAGAAUGUCCAAUCGUUGGAUUCAGGUAUAGAAGCCUAAAACAUUUUAACUAUGAUGUCUGCCAAAGUUGCUUUUUUUCUGGUCGGACAGCGAAAGGUCACAAAUUACAUUACCCGAUGGUGGAGUAUUGCAUACCGACAACAUCUGGAGAGGAUGUGCGAGACUUCACCAAGGUGCUGAAGAACAAGUUCAGGUCAAAGAAAUACUUUGCCAAACACCCUCGGCUUGGUUACUUGCCGGUCCAGACAGUUCUCGAGGGGGACAACUUAGAGACUCCUAUCACCCUCAUCAGUAUGUGGCCAGAGCACUAUGACCCCUCACAUUCCCCCCAGCUAUUUCAUGAUGACACUCACUCAAGAAUAGAGCAGUAUGCUACCCGCCUGGCCCAGAUGGAAAGAACUAACGGGUCUUUCCUCACUGAUAGCAGCUCUACCACAGGAAGUGUGGAGGACGAGCAUGCCCUUAUCCAACAGUACUGCCAGACACUGGGUGGGGAGUCUCCCGUCAGCCAGCCCCAGAGCCCAGCCCAGAUCCUGAAGUCUGUCGAAAGAGAAGAACGUGGAGAACUGGAAAGGAUUAUUGCUGACCUGGAGGAAGAGCAAAGGAAUCUCCAGGUGGAAUACGAGCAGCUCAAGGAGCAGCAUCUGCGAAGGGGGCUGCCUGUCGGUUCCCCUCCCGACUCCAUUGUAUCUCCUCACCACACAUCUGAAGAUUCCGAGCUCAUCGCGGAAGCCAAACUCCUUCGGCAGCACAAAGGCCGGCUGGAGGCCAGGAUGCAGAUUUUAGAAGAUCACAACAAACAGCUGGAGUCUCAGCUGCACCGCCUUCGCCAGCUGCUGGAGCAGCCUGAAUCCGAUUCCCGAAUCAAUGGCGUCUCCCCGUGGGCUUCCCCCCAGCAUUCUGCACUGAGCUAUUCGCUUGACCCGGACCCAGGUCCACAGUUCCACCAGGCAGAGGAUCUGCUGGCCCCACCUCGUGACACCAGCACGGACCUCACCGAGGUCAUGGAGCAGAUCAACAACACAUUUCCAUCUUGCUGCGCAAAUGUCCCCAGCAGGCCACAGGCAAUGUGAAGCAUUCAUCUAGCCAAACAUUUCCCGACUCAGUAUUGCCCGUUUCUGCAAAUGCCAAUUCCAAGUUCCAUUAAAUCCAAGGCG